GGGUUUUCUUUGUGCAGCUCAUUGAGUUUUGUAGCUCUGAUCACUCAAUAGAGGUCUUUCCAACACCAACAAUGCCACUGGAAAACCUAGAAGAAGAGGGCUUGCCUAAGAACCCAGAUCUGCGGAUAGCACAGCUCAAGUUCCUGCUUACCCAUCGGGAAGAUGUAAAAGUGAAGCAGGAGUUGAUGGGAGCCAUUAAGGAGAACAACAUGGCACCAUACUAUGAGAGCCUCUGCAAAGACCUUAAGUGGACGGUGGACACAGAUCUACUGAGUAAAAUGAGAAAAGCAAAUGAAGACGAGUUGAAACGCUUGGAUGAUGUGCUGGAGGAUGCAGAUAAGAAUCUAGGAGAAAGUGAAAUCCGAGAUGCAAUGAUGGCAAAAGCAGAAUAUUUGAUCCGGAUUGGAGACAAGGAAGGAGCUUUAACUGCAUUUCGCAAGACCUAUGACAAAACAGUGGCUCUGGGACAUCGGCUUGAUAUUGUGUUCUACCUGUUAAGAAUUGGAUUGUUUUACAUGGACAGUGACCUCAUUAUAAGAAAUACUGAAAAAGCAAAGAGCUUAAUAGAGGAAGGAGGUGACUGGGACAGAAGGAAUCGUUUGAAGGUUUACCAGGGUCUUUAUUGUGUGGCUAUUCGAGAUUUCAAGCAAGCUGCAGAACUCUUCUUGGACACAGUCUCAACAUUUACCUCCUAUGAACUUAUGGAUUAUAAAACAUUUGUAACUUAUACGGUGUACGUCAGUAUGAUUGCACUAAAGCGACCUGAUCUCCGGGAAAAGGUUAUCAAGGGAGCAGAGAUCUUGGAGGUAUUACACAGUCUUCCUGUAGUGCGGCAGUAUUUGUUUUCACUAUACGAGUGCCGAUACUCUGUAUUCUUCCAGUCAUUAGCACUUGUAGAACAGGCGCUCAAGAAGGACUGGCUCUUCGCUCCUCAUUACCGUUACUAUGUUCGGGAGAUGAGAAUCCUUGCUUACAGCCAAUUGCUGGAGUCUUACCGCUCCCUAACACUGGGGUACAUGGCAGAGGCUUUUGGAGUUAGUGUGGAGUUCAUAGAUCAAGAACUUUCACGAUUUAUUGCAGCUGGUAGACUACAUUGCAAAAUAGAUAAAGUAAACGAAAUAGUGGAAACAAACAGACCUGACAGCAAGAACUGGCAGUACCAAGAGACUAUAAAGAAGGGCGAUCUCCUACUGAACAGAGUCCAAAAACUGUCCAGGGUUAUUAACAUGUAAUUUGGUUAAAGGCAGGAACAUGUUCAGAAUUUGAAAUGUUAAGCAUCUAAAAUGUAGCUUGUUGUAUUUACAAUUGAUAAUGGUUUAUGGAUCUAGUAAAUGUACUUGAAGUACUGUUUGCUACAAUGUGCAAACACCUAACUGUAUAUAAUAAAAUUCACGUUUUCACAAA